UUCCGUGUCAGCGGAAGAGAAAUUACCCACGGCAGUGUCUGAAAACCAGUUCUAGAUAGAGAGAACGGAGUUUUCAAGGAUCUGAAAUCUCCGAUUGCACAAGUGGAGACACAGAGGUGGAGGCGAAUUUUUGGCAACAACCCUAGACAUGAAAAAUCCCCAAAUCUGAAUGGAAACCCUAAUCAUAACCCGCAUCGAUCUCUGCGGAUCCUCCAUCUUCGCUCACUGUCGGAUCAUUCUGCGCACCUCACUCUUCUUCGCCGGAGGCUGACCGGAUAUUGUUUUACUCAAACAGGGGGAGGGCGGGACAGAGAGAGAGAGAGAGAGAAGUUGGUCGGAGAUGGGGAGUCCAGGAUCUGGUGCGGUUGAUUAUGGCGUGGGAUCGAUCGUGUGGGUCCGAAGGAGGAAUGGUUCAUGGUGGCCCGGUAAAAUUCUGGGUGCCGACGAGCUUUCAGCUUCGAACCUUACGUCACCUCGAUCUGGAACUCCGGUCAAGCUCCUCGGAAGAGAAGAUGCCAGUGUGGAUUGGUAUAAUUUAGAGAAGUCCAAGCGUGUGAAGCCAUUCCGAUGCAGUGAGUUUGAUGAUUGUAUUGAAAGGGCAGAGUCCUCGCAAGGCAUGCCAAUAAAGAAGAGAGAGAAAUAUGCACGUAGGGAGGAUGCCAUUCUUCAUGCUCUUGAACUUGAGAAGGAGCUACUGAAUAAGCAAGGAAAAUUUAAUUUACAUUCUGAUCAAACGAAUAUUAUAUCACCAGCUGCUGUGAAGAAGGAAAUACUUCUUUCUUCAGAACACUUGGAAACUGAUGAAAAAAAAGAUGCAGAUUCUGAAUCACGGCAAUUUUCUAAGAGAAUAGAUGUAAAUUAUGACAAUGAAAUUACAGAUCGAUCUCAUAAAGCAAGUGAAAGAGCUCAACUGAGUGGUGAGGAUGACCAUUGUGAAACAAUACCAAGAAUGAGAGGCUUGCAGGACUUUGGGCUCAGAAUUGCUCCUUUCAAAAGAAAGGUUCCACCUUCUUCUGUUGUCUCAAAUGGUUCUGAAAUGCCUAUAACUGAUACCAAUCCUCUGCCUCCUUCUGAUGGUGUUUGUAGCAUUGGAAAUGAGAGCAAUGCAAAUGGGAUGGGACAAAUUGGUAGUGCAAAGAGGAGCAAAUGUAUGUAUCUUCCAGCUGAUUCUAGUGAUUCAUUGGAUUACAAAGAACCUUCUCUAGGUCAGGGUGAGAUGUCAACACCCCAUUUAGGACCGGGGGUUAUGCCUUCUCAGCCUGAUUCGCUGGUUGAAGAGAAUGCUUCUGAUUCAUCUGAGAAUGAAUCUUCUGACUCAGAGACUGAUUCUGAUUCUUCCAGGUCAGAUCAGGAAGUGGAUAAUGGCAUGGCUGCACUUUCAGAUUCUACUUUGCCUUCAGAAAAGGAGCCAAGUACAUUUGAAAGAACAGACACACAAGAGCAUGGAAAUAUGAGCAGCGAGGAGCCUGAUGAUUCUGUGAUUUCCGGUGACAUGUCUCACCUUUAUCAUCAUGACCCUGUGUCUACUAAUGAAGCAGUGUCUAAGUGGCAACUGAAGGGGAAAAGGAAUGUCCGUAAUCUUUCAAAAAAGUCUUUUGGUGGAGUAGAUGAUGAACCAUCAAGCCACCUAAGGGUAUAUGGGCAGACAAGAUUUAGUCGGAAUGACUAUUUUGAUGACAGCAUGGAGGGAACUGAUGCAUUGGAAGAGGAAUAUUAUUUGACAUCAAAAAGGGUAUCAAACAAUCGGUAUCUUGCCAGAAAUUGUAUGCCCGACUGGGAAGAUCAGCCUGCUUUAAAAGGAUAUUGGGAUGUCAAAAAUACCUUGUAUGGUAUACGUCAUCAUUUUGGUGAGAGGACAAGAACUAUACUAAUCGAUGUUGAUCUGAAGGUCCAAGCAAGUUACCAGAAAGAGCCUGUUCCUAUAGUCUCACUUAUGAGCAAGUUAAAUGGGCAAGCUAUCAUUGGGCAUCCUAUUCAAAUUGAAACACUAGAAGAUGGUGUUUCUGAAACUCUUCUUCCUGAUAGUCUAGGGAAUGGACCCUGUGAAAAUGAUGGAAGCACAGCGCUUCAACCAGCUUGGAGGACUGCGAGGAGGACAGCAAAUGUUCGCAUCCCACGCCCUCACUUACCAUCGGCCCUGGAUGGUGAAGAAGCUGGUUAUGAUUCUCCUUUUGCUGAUCAAGAAAGGAAAUCAAGAUUUAAAAGAGUAAAUACAGGGGUCCAUAAUCAGAAGGCAAGCCUCGGUAGGGGUGUGCCUCACAUUCCCCGACCUUCUCAUGAUAGAAGGCUCCCAAAAAAGAUGGCAAAGAAAGUAAGCUUAUCAUCUAACCAGAAGACUAGAACUUUGUCUUCAAUAGCUGUUGAACAGAAUUUUAGUAGCAUGCCUAUACAUGAUAAUAGUGUAACUUGUCAAAUGAAUGGAUUGAAACCAGAAUCAUCUGGGCCACCAACUGUAGCAUGUAUACCAGUAAAAUUAGUAUUCAGUAGAUUAUUAGAGAAGAUCAAUAGGCCACCCUCAAAAGCUACUUAUAAUGUGAUUUUGUUAAAUAACAAUUCUAAUCGAGAUCCUUGACAAGUAGGUGUAUACUAUUGAAUGUCUGAAAUAAAUGUAUAUCCCUGGUUCCAAUUGAUACUGAUAUCUUCUGACCGUGCCCGAACCUAUAUUGUCAGAGUUGCCAGCCCUUCUGAUUCUUUUGGUAAAGCAAAUACUGAGGAUGAAGUUGAAUAUGCUUGUGAGGUUAAGAAACCUUAUAUUAGCUGCAAUAAGUAAUUAGGACCUUAUUCUUUAGGUAGGUCAUUGUGGAAUCUACAUAGGCGAAUGUAUAUUUGGUUCAACACAGGAUAGUUCCUUUGAUCUAUUUUACUUUGUUAGAAGUACAGUUUGAAAAUUACAGGAAAACUGGAGAUGGAACGAUUGUAAAUCUUAUUUAGUUGUUAUUCAAGGGUGGCAAAUCUUCAGUUCCAAAGGACAAUGUAUUUGUAAAUAACUCUGGCCCCGGUACUUUUCUGUAUGACUAUACUACAGGCAUGUUUUUUA